AUGGGUGGAGUCUGCGUCGGGCUUUGCACUGGCCUCCGCGAGGUGUCGUCCCGGCCACAAACCGUCGAAGCAGUUUCCACGGGGUCAUCCACAUUGCAGACUGGUACGCAACUCUGUGCUCUGUGCGAUUUGACUGGUGUGAGCUAUGUCGAUGAUGUUUCGGCCAGGGCCAAUGAGCAGCUUCGUCUCCAGGGUAGACCACUACUAGCUGAGGUGGAGGGACGGCCCCAGUUCCGCCCCGAUGCACUGCACCUGAGCCCGACCACGUUACUUAAGUGGCCUUAUAAACUGCUCACUGGGCAGCAGCAAAACAGCGUUUGGCUGGGUCCGCUCUUCCCGAACUGCAGCGGCAGCCUGCGGCAACGGUUGCCUCUUCAACGUCGAAGUCGACCCAGGCGAGCACUGGGAUCUUUCUGCACUUGA